AAUAAAACCCCCGCAAAGCCACAUUUUGUCUCUCCGUAUUACAAUAAUGGCCACUUUCGCCGCCAGGUCCGUCCUCCGCUCAGCCGCCACUUCCGGCCGAGCCGCCGCCGCCAGAAUUUCCACCGGCGCGAAGCCAAAAAGCUCUCCGUUUCGUAUUCCAACUCAAAAACCUCUCAAUUCUCGCAUUUUCAGGUCGCCAGUAGAAAUGAGUUGUGUUAGAGUGGAAUCGAUGUUUCCAUUUCACACUGCAACUGCCUCAGCAUUGCUUACUUCAAUGCUCUCUGCUACUCCUCGGAGCUAUGGUUGGACGCUUGAAGAUUGCAAUGAUGAUUUAUGAUGUCGGAGGGUUCAACCGAAGUAUUAUGUCCAUGCAGUCUAAGAGAAUGUCUGUAUGAGCUCUGAAGAAGAAAUAUUUGCUUUCUUCUGUGACUGUCAAUUUGAUUUCCGUUCUAAUCUUCCCAUUUGUGAAACUGGGAUUUUAUCCCCUUUCAGUGAAUUUAGCUUAUUCUGAAGCAUUUAUUUAGUAGUAUUUACUCGUCGAAUUCUUCUGAUGUUCAUUGUAUUUAUAGAUUAUGUGAGAGCAAAUAUAGGUAAACAACAUGGCUCGAAUGCAUCAACUUUGUCAAGAAUUAUCCUCAAGAACUUACUUGCGUGAUAUUUCGGGUUAAUUUUGAACAUCUUUUUUUAAUAUAGUAGUUUGACAAUGAUUUUUCCU